GAGCUCCUUCCCUUACAGUCAGCGCGGAGGCUGAAGCUGCAUGCUCUGGAUGGACUGUAGUUGAUAUCUGACUACAUAACGAAAACAAGGACAGUUUGGUUGUCUCUUAAAAACCACCAGGAUGCCGGCGUAUUUCCAACGCCCAGAGAAUGCUCUGAAACGAGCGAACGAGUUUUUGGAAGUUGGCAAAAAGCAACCUGCCUUGGACGUCUUGUACGAUGUCAUCAAAAGCAAGAAGCAUCGGACAUGGCAGAAGAUCCACGAGCCUAUUAUGCUCAAAUACUUGGAGCUCUGCGUGGACCUGCGCAAGAGUCACCUGGCCAAGGAGGGUCUUUACCAGUACAAGAACAUCUGCCAGCAGGUGAACAUCAAAUCUCUGGAAGAUGUUGUCCGCGCUUACCUGAAGCUGGCGGAGGAGAAGACUGAGACUGCCAAAGAGGAGUCGCAGCAGAUGGUUUUGGACAUUGAGGAUCUGGACAACAUUCAGACUCCAGAAAGCGUCCUCCUGAGUGCUGUGAGUGGCGAGGACACUCAGGACAGAACUGAUCGUCUGCUGUUGACGCCUUGGGUGAAGUUUCUGUGGGAGUCUUACCGCCAGUGUUUGGACCUGCUAAGAAACAACUCCAAGGUGGAGCGGCUGUACCAUGACAUCGCCCAGCAAGCAUUCAAGUUCUGCCUUCAGUACACACGCAAAGCAGAGUUUCGCAAACUCUGUGACAACCUGCGUAUGCAUCUGGGCCAGAUCCAGCGCCACCACAACCAGAGCACGGCCAUCAACCUGAACAACCCGGAGAGUCAGUCCAUGCACCUGGAGACCCGGCUGGUGCAGCUGGACAGCGCCAUCAGUAUGGAGCUCUGGCAGGAAGCGUUCAAGGCGGUUGAGGACAUCCACGGACUCUUUGCUCUUUCCAAAAAGCCGCCCAAACCACAACUCAUGGCCAACUACUACAACAAGGUGUCGACUGUCUUCUGGAAAUCUGGGAAUGCUCUCUUCCACGCCAGCACCCUCCACCGCCUCUACCAUCUCUCCAGAGAGAUGCGCAAAAAUCUGACUCAGGAUGAAAUGCAGAGGAUGUCAACUCGAGUGCUCCUGGCCACUCUCUCCAUCCCCAUCACUCCGGAGCGCACAGACAUUGCUCGGCUGCUGGACAUGGACGGCAUCAUCGUGGAGAAACACCGUCGUCUGGCCACACUCCUGGGCCUGCAGUCCCCUCCCACUCGGCAGUCUCUUAUCAAUGACAUGGUGAGGUUCAACCUGCUGCAGUACGUGGUGCCAGAGGUCAAGGAUCUUUACAACUGGCUGGAGGUGGACUUCCAUCCACUGAAGCUCAGCGGCAGAGUCACCAAGGUGCUGGACUGGGUCAGGGACCAGGCAGAGAAGGAGUCAGAUCUUCAGCACUACGUCCCUCACCUGCAGAGCAACACCAUCCUGAGGCUCCUGCAGCAGGUUGCUCAAAUCUACCAGAGCAUCGAGUUCAAUCGCUUGGCUUCUCUGGUUCCCUUUGUGGAUGCCUUCCAGCUGGAGCGCUCCAUUGUGGACGCUGCCAGACACUGUGAUCUGCAAGUCCGCAUCGACCACACCUCCAGGACCCUGAGCUUUGGAUCAGACCUGAACUACUCCACUAAAGAGGAUGCACCAGUUGGGCCUUUCCUACAAAAUAUGCCUUCCGAGCAGAUAAGGAACCAGCUGACUGCCAUGUCUGCUGCUCUGGCCAAGGCCACCCAGGUCAUCAAGCCGACCUCCAUCUUGCAAGAGCGUGAGGAGCAGAGCCAGCAGGCCAUUGCGUCCUACUUGAAAAAUGCCCGCAAAGAUCACCAGCGCAUCCUGGCCCGAAGACAAACCAUUGAGGAACGUAAGGAGCGCCUGGAGAGUCUGAACAUUCAGCGUGAGAAAGAAGAGCUGGAGCAGAGGGAGGCAGAGAUGCAGAAGGUUCGCAAGGCCGAGGAGGAGCGCCUGCGCCAGGAAGCCAAGGAGCGGGAGAAGGAACGCAUUAUGCAGGAGCACGAACAGAUCAAGAAGAAGACUGUGCGAGAACGGCUGGAGCAAAUUAAGAAGACCGAGCUGGGAGCCAAGGCCUUCAAAGACAUCGAUAUUGAGAACCUGGAAGAGCUGGACACUGACUUCAUCAUGGCCAAGCAGGUGGAGCAACUGGAGAAGGAGAAGAAGGAGCUGCAGGAACGUCUGAAAAACCAGGAGAAAAAGAUCGACUACUUCGAAAGAGCAAAGCGGCUUGAGGAAAUUCCUCUCAUCAAGAAAGCCUACGAGGAGCAGCGCGUCAAAGACAUGGAGUUGUGGGAGCUGCAGGAGGAGGAGAGGAUCAGUAACAUGAAAGUGGAGCGAGAAAAGGCUCUGGAGCACAAGAAGCGCAUGUCCAGGAUGAUGGAGGACAAAGAAAACUUCCUGUCCAAGAUCACCGCUGCCCGCAGUUUCAUCUACGAGGAAAAGUUAAAGGCCUUCCAGGAGCGCUUGGUGGAGGAGCGCAAGAAGCGCCUGGAAGAGCGAAAGAGGCAGCGCAAAGAGGAGAGGCGCAAUGCUUACUACCGCCAGAAAGAAGAGGAGGAGCAACGUAUCCGCGAGGAGCAACUGAAGAAAGAGCGCGAGGAGCGUGAACGCCUGGAGCAGGAACAGCGUGAGGAGGAGGAGCGGGAGUACCAGGAGCGCCUGCGCAAGCUGCAAGAGCAAGAACGCAAGCAGCGUGAGCGCCAGCAGGAGAUAGAGGAGCGCGAGCGCCGCCGCGAAGAGGAGAGAAGAGCCCCACCCGAGGAGAAGUCCAAGGACUGGGGUGAUCGGGAUGAGGGCGGAUGGAGAAAACGCACAGAGGGCGAAUCAGAGUGGCGCCGUCCUGCACCUGAAAGGGAGUGGCGGCAAGAAGGUCGCGAUGAAGAGAAGGAUGACCGCGACGGUCCCUUCAGACGAGGAGACGGGCUCCGCCGGGGUGUAGAUGACCGCGGUCCUCGCAGAGGCUUCAACGAUGACCGCGGUUCUCGUCGCGGUGACGAUGACCGUCCUCUGCGAAGAGGGAUGGACGAUGACCGCGGUCCACGUCGCGGCUUCGACGAUGACCGUCCAAUCAGGCGAGGCGGCGACGACGACCGCGGGCCCAGACGCGGCUUUGACGACGAUCGUGGUCCUCGCCGCGGCUUCGAUGACGACAGGGGUCCACGCCGAGGCAUGGACGACAGGGGUCCCAGGCGGCUGGCUGACGACGACUGGGGCCCUAGGAGAGGAGGAGAUGAUGACAGAGGGAGCAGACGAGGAAUGGACGAUGGUCCUCGCCGUAACCUCGACGGCGAUGACGCCAAACCAUGGAAGCCCCUGAAUAGACCAGGUGGCUGGCGUGACAGGGAGAAGGCUCGCGAGGAGAGCUGGGGACCUCCUCGUCGCGGAGGCCGUGAUGAUGAUGAUGAUGAAGAUGGCGGAGAGCGACCCAGUUUCAGAGACCGACAGCCACCCAGGGAGGAGAGCAGCUGGAGGAGAGGAGGGGCCGAUGAAGGCAACAGCUGGAGAGAUGCCCGGCGAGAUGACGACAGAGACGACCGCCGAAUGGACCGUGAUGACCGUAGAAUGGACCGCGACGACCGCAGGAUGGAUCGUGAUGAUCGUAGAAUGGAUCGCGAUGAUCGCAGGAUGGAUCGCGACGACCGCCGCGGUGACAGGGACUUCAGGCGUGACAGAGAUCGCCGUGAUGAUCAAGAACAAAGAGGUCCACGAAGAGAUGCAGAUGAUGGCGGAUCCUGGCGUCGUGGAGGAGAAGAAAAGCGGGAAGAACGGGAGCGUCCCAGGGAGCGCGAGCGGGAGCCAGAGGGCGACAAGGCCUGGCGCUCCGACAAAGAAAUCCCACGCCGCACCAAGAACGAGACAGACGACGACGGCUGGACCACCGUCCGCCGCUAAGCCAGCAACUCUGCAAACAAUUGUCUACAACCAUUCAACCAUUUGGCCGCAGAUAUUAAUAACAAGCUUCUAAUUUCCUUGUUUUAUUUAACGCUCAGUUCCGCUAUUGUCACCUUCUACAAUAGCGACUCCUAGUGGAACUGCUUUCAAAUGCAACUCAACAAUCACCACCUGCCUCUUUAGUGGCUGUCUUUGGAGGAGUCGUUGAUAUUCUAUAUUGACAGAGGAGUUUGUCACCCGCUGUGAUCUAUUACGAAAAAGGAUGCUUUUUUUUCCGUCGGCAAGUGAGACUAGUGAUGUGCAUGCUCAUCUGAUACUUCCAGGCUGCUUCCAUCGUGCCGCGAACAUCCAGGUUGUAUGUGUCGGAUAAAGCGAUUAAUAAUAAAGAUGAUGGAUCACCACCCGCUGUGUUUC